UCAGGAAACUUUCGCCGUUCCUAGAUUUGGGGCAAACGGCUCACCGUAGUUACGUCAGCUUAUGGAAAUUGUUAGAGUGGCAAGAUGGCUACGGAACCAAAUAAGACGGAGAUCCUGACAAUUUUCAAGAGGUUAAGAUCUGUUCCUACCAACAAGGUUUGUUUUGACUGUGCUGCUAAAAAUCCCAGCUGGGCCAGUAUUCCGUAUGGUGUGUUCCUGUGCAUCGACUGCUCUGGGAUCCACCGCUCUCUGGGAGUUCAUCUCAGCUUCAUCAGAUCCACUGAGUUAGACUCCAACUGGAACUGGUUCCAGCUCAGAUGUAUGCAGGUUGGAGGCAACGCCAACGCAACGGCCUUCUUCCGCCAGCAUGGCUGCUCCACGAACGACACCAACGCCAAGUAUAACAGCCGAGCAGCCCAGAUGUACAGGGAGAAGAUCCGGCAGCAGGCUAAUGCCGUGUUGUCCAAAUAUGGCACAGAUCUGUGGAUCGACUCUUCUGCAGGAGGAACCGCUGCAGCUCCUGAGAAGAAACAGACAGACUUUUUUGCAGAACAUACACAGCCUAAUAAUGACUGGUGCAUGGCACCACCCUCCGAACCAGAGCAGAAUGGAGCUGCUGUCACCCCACAGCUGACGGACUCAACAGUUAAAGGCCAGGAGGACAACCAGCCAGAGGAAGGACCCAGCAUCGAUGGUCUGAGCACAUCACCCAAAGCCUCCAUCGAGGACUCCAUGCGUUUAUCAUCCCAGGAAGGCUGGACGCCUGAAGAGAUGAAGCCUUCCAUCAUCGGGAAGAAGAAGCCCAUGGCUGCCAAGAAAGGACUCGGUGCAAAGAAAGGUCUCGGUGCCCAGAAGGUGAGCAGCAAGAGCUUCUCAGAGGUGGAGAAACAAGCACAAGUGGCCGAGAAGCUGAGAGAGGAGCAGGCGGCCGAGGCUAAGAAACAGGCUGAGGAGUCCAUCGUGGCUUCGAUGCGUCUGGCCUACAAAGAGCUGGAGAUUGACAGGAAAAUGGAGGAAAAGAAGAUUCAGAACCUGGAGGGCAAGAAGAGGGAGCAGGCGGAGAGACUGGGCAUGGGCUUCGGCAACAGGAGCUCCGUGUCUCACUCAGUGAUGUCAGAGAUGCAGGUGAUUGAGCAGGAAACACCUGUAGGAGCCAAGUCCUCCUCUCGCUCCAAACUGGACAUGUUCGACGAGCCUGGAUUCACCUCUGGACCCCCGAAAUAUAAGGACAACCCGUUCACGGUGGGAGACAGUUUUGGAUCCCGGUGGGACACUGAUGGUGGAUCUGCCUCCUUCACCACCUCCUGGGCUCUGGAGAAAGAAGACCCUAAAGAGGAGGUCACCAUCUCCAGCAUUCAGCCAAUUGGAGAAAGACUUCCCAGCAGGAGAAAAGCGGAGGUAUCAGCUCCGGUCUCCGAGUCGAGUGAAGCCAGGCAGAAGUUCGCCAACGCCAAGGCCAUCUCCUCAGACAUGUUCUUUGGUCGGGAGAGCAGCGCCGAGUACGAUGCGAAGACGAGACUGGAGAGCAUGUCUGGCAGCACCUCCAUCAGCUCGGCUGACCUGUUUGGGGACGGCAGUGACCAUAAAGGCAGGGCAGCGGGUUUCGACAGCGUCCUCCCCUCCGGUCCCGACAUCGCUCAGUUCAAACAGGGGGUGAAGACGGUGGCGGGAAAGAUGGCGGUCCUCGCUAACGGCGUCAUGAACACGAUCCAGGACCGCUACGGCUCCUACUGAGCGCCCCCUACUGGCCACCAGAGGAGGAACCUUCUGAUGCCUGUAGAGCCGAGCAGCCUCCGAGUGAUUGGAGAGCAGAAAGGAUUGCAUGGGAAAGACAUCGUCCUGCUCCUUGUCCUCCUCUUAGAGACACUUUUCCUGGAGUGAGACUCUGUUCUCCUCGUUCUUCAUUAGCAGACUCUUGAGUUUUAUUUUCAUAAACCAUCAGAGAGUCUUUUUCUAAACCAACACUUCAAAUUUUAUGUCCACCAUGUUUUCGGUCUUAGAUUUUCAAAAAGAAAAAAUUGUCAGAGUUAGUUCUGCUCUAUUUUAUUCCUCCUUCAUAAAUCAAAGUGUUCAUUUUGAUCCAUAUUAUCUGAAGAUUUCAUGUUUGUUUUAUUGUGAUUUAAAUGGAAAAAAGGUGCAGUUUAUAUUUUUAGCAUUGAUUUGAACAAGAAUCGGCGACAUUUGACUCACUGCUGCUCAGUUUGUUCACACUUUUAAUGACUGACUUGUGAUAGUUUGUGAGUUUGGAGGGUAGUUCUGUUCAGGAGAAACAUCAGAGCUUCUCACACUUCAUCUCUCAGCUGCUAUAGUUAUCCACAAGGAUGGAGCGAAAUCAAGGAGAGCUGAGAUCAGAAUUAUUCAGAGCAACGCCAGGUUUUAAUUUAUAGUAAAAUUAAUUUGAACAAGCGGUUUCUUCUGGCUGGAAAUGACUCUAACAGAAGGUGCUGAGAUGUUGUGUUGGAGAUAUUAAUGAUGAAUUUAACAGUUUUCAAAUCCUAGAAUGCUUUAGAAUAUGGUGGAAAUGGAUCAGGAAUGAUGCAUUUCUCACAAACUGAGACAGUUUCUGACGUUCUGAAUGAAUUUUUACCUGGCAGUUUCAGUAAAAGUGGAAAAGAAAACAAAAACAAGCACGGAAAUAGUUCAGAUUCAUCGUUCACAUCUAAAGCAGUGUCUACUUUUACGUCUUUGACAUUUCAAGCCAAAGAAAACCUCUUGGCCCAAUCUAAAUUUACUAUAAAUCUAAAUUCAGCAUGAAUAAUUUUGGGUGUAACUCCAGCGAACAUAAGACACGGUGCAGGGAAAUAAAGCGAGAUAAUAACCAGCAGACGCCUGAUGGAACAAUAAUCCUGUUCUAUGCAUUUCCACUUAACUUUAAACCACUUUCACUUUGAUGAAUCUGAAGUCUGCCUCCGUGAAGCGUUUUAUUUUGAAAGGCUGGCAUCUUCAGUUUACAUCUUCCUGCUCAGUUUCCAACGUUUUCCCGACUUUAUUUUGCUUCGGGACGAGAGCUCCUGUCAGUAUUUUCUCAGUUUCACUGCCAUGUAGAAUGCGAGUAAAAACAACAGUCUGAUGUGAACACGCGUGAUCAAAUCUGACAUAUUUAGCAUCGUGUGAUGAUCUAACUCCCCGUCCCGCCACCGCGUGUUCUCGGCAGACUUGACAUUCAACGAAGCGUGUUGUAGUUUUACUUUGACACGUCAGAGUCGUGUGUUCCCCCACCCAAGCAGAGAGUCUCCAGAAAACAUGUGGACUGAAAGGAUGGAAACUAUUUAUUUGUAGGCUACAAAAAGAAACUUAUUCAGUACGUUAAUAAAGAUGGAAAGAAAACGUUCA